AAAUUACUUAAUAUAUCAAAAUAUCACCUAAAUCUUCUGUAAUAUAAAACACAAAAAAAAAAAAUGGAAACUUGUGCCAAAAAUGGAUCCAUAACCGAGGAGCUUGAGGUGGAGGAAACCGAGGAUUUCCAUGACCUGGAGGAGUUCAACGAGGACAAUGUAGCGUCUGGCAGCGGCGGCCAAAAGAAAGCGGAACGUUUCGUGGUCAAAAAGUGGGUGGCGCAUGCGCAUUGGUCAUGGGAUGUGGCCGUGGAUAAUUGCGCCAUUUGCCGGAAUCACAUUAUGAACCUGUGCAUCGAAUGCCAGGCGGAUCCGAAUGCCAACAAGGAUGAGUGCACCGUGGCCUGGGGCGAAUGCAAUCACGCCUUCCACUACCAUUGCAUUGCGCGCUGGCUAAAGACGCGCCACGUCUGCCCGCUGGACAACAAGGAGUGGGUCUACCAAAAAUAUGGCCACUAGGCUGAUUAAUUAACGUAUUUGUAUUUAUGCAUGUUUGGACAAAAUUAAAAUUCUAGUGAUUAAGCCUA